AUGGCCAAGCCCGGCGUGGAGCUCACCCGCGAGUUGCAAGACAGCAUCCGGAGAUGCCUGAGCCAAGGGGCUGUGUUCCAACAGCAUCGUGUGAAGUUGGAGACAAAACCCAAGAAGUUUGAGGACCGAGUGCUGGCCCUGACCUCCUGGCGCCUCCACUUCUUCCCCCUUAAAGUCCCGGCCAAGGUGGAGAGCUCCUUCAAUGUCCUGGAGAUCCGUGCCUUCAACACGCUCAGUCAGAACCAGAUCCUGGUGGAGACAGAGCGUGGCAUGGUGAGCAUGCGGCUGCCAUCAGCUGAAAGUGUGGACCAGGUGACGCGACAUGUGAGCUCUGCCCUCUCCAAGGUCUGCCCUGGCCCUGGGUGUCUGAUACGACGUGGGAAUGCAGAUACCCCAGAAGGGCCCCGAGACACGUCCCCCAACUCUGAGACUUCCACAUCCACCACUCACAGUGUCUGCGGUGGCUUCUCUGAGACCUAUGCCGCCCUGUGUGACUACAACGGGCUGCACUGCCGUGAGGAGGUGCAAUGGGAUGUGGACACCAUCUACCAUGCUGAGGACAAUCGGGAGUUCAAUCUUUUGGAUUUCAGCCACUUGGAGAGCCGAGACUUGGCCCUAAUGGUGGCAGCCCUGGCCUACAACCAGUGGUUCACCAAACUCUACUGCAAGGACCUGCGGCUGGGCUCUGAAGUGCUAGAACAGGUGCUACAUACCCUGAGCAAGUCGGGGAGCCUCGAAGAGCUGGUGCUGGACAACGCCGGGCUUAAGACGGACUUUGUCCAGAAGCUGGCCGGGGUGUUCGGGGAGAACGGGAGCUGUGCGCUGCAUGCCCUCACUCUGUCCCACAACCCCAUCGAGGACAAGGGUUUCCUCAGUCUGAGCCAGCAGCUCCUCUGCUUCCCCACUGGCCUCACCAAACUGUGCCUGGCCAAGACUGCCAUUUCCCCUCGAGGGCUCCAGGCGCUCAGCCAGACCUUCGGGGCCAACCCAGCCUUUGCCAGCUCCCUUCGAUACCUGGACUUGAGCAAGAACCCUGGGCUGCUCGCCACAGACGAGGCUAACGCCCUCUACAGUUUCCUGGCUCAGCCCAAUGCUCUGGUACACCUGGACCUGAUGGGAACUGACUGUGCCAUCGACUCGCUUCUGGGUGCCCUGCUCCACGGCUGCUGCUCCCACCUUACCUACCUCAACCUGGCUCGCAACAGCUGCUCCCACAGGAAGGGGCGGGAGGCCCCACCGGCCUUCAAGCAGUUCUUCAGCAGCGCCUAUACACUGAGCCACGUCAACCUGUCAACCACGAAGCUGCCCCUGGAGGCCCUCAGGGCGCUGCUUCAAGGCCUCUCCCUCAACAGUCACCUCAGCGAUCUGCACCUGGAUCUCAGCAGCUGUGAGCUCCGCUCAGCAGGAGCCCAGGCUUUGCAGGAGCAGCUGGGGACCGUCACCUGUGUGGGCAGCCUGGAUCUGUCAGACAACGGGUUUGACUCGGACCUCCUGACACUGGUGCCGGCACUUGGCAAGAACAAGUCCCUCAAGCACCUGUUCCUGGGCAAGAACUUCAAUGUCAAGGCCAAGACCCUGGAGGAGAUCCUUCACAAACUGGUACAACUUAUCCAGGAAGAGGACUGUUCCCUGCAGUCCCUGUCGGUGGCAGACUCCCGGCUGAAGCUUCGCACCAGCAUCCUCAUCAAUGCCCUGGGCAGCAACACCUGCCUGGCCAAGGUGGAUCUGAGCGGCAAUGGCAUGGAGGACAUUGGGGCCAAGAUGCUGUCUAAGGCCCUGCAGAUAAACUCUUCCCUCAGAACUAUCCUAUGGGACCGGAACAAUACAUCUGCCCUGGGCUUCCUUGACAUCGCAAGGGCCCUGGAGAGCAACCACACGCUGCGCUUCAUGUCCUUCCCCGUGAGCGACAUCUCUCAAGCCUACCGCAGCGCCCCCGAGCGCACUGAGGACGUCUGGCACAAGAUCCAAUGGUGCUUGGUGAGGAACAACCACUCCCAGACGUGCCCUCAGGAGCAGGCCUUCAGGCUGCAGCAGGGCCUGGUGACCAGCAGCGCCGAGCAAGCAGCCCCCAGACAGGGGGUGCACAGGACUCAGGGAGCUCGCCUGGACAUUGAAGAAGGCCAUACCAAGGAGAGAGACCAGGUCCUGCAGAGACAUCUCCACCACCACUGCCAGUGCCAGUGCAUUGCCUGA